AUGCCUUUUCCAGCAACUCCAUCGCCAUUCCGCCUCUCCCGCCGCAACACAUCCACGCGGCGCAAUGCCGGUCCCCAAUUCGCCCCCACACCGCGAUUCGUACUAUCUCAGCCUACAACACAAGAGAAUAUUGAUGAUAUCGACGUGAUAGAUGAUGGUGAGGGACCUUCAUCUACACCGAAUGUCACGCGCCAACCACCUGCGUCCCAAAGCGGAUUGCGCUCGCGUCACCUGCGUGACGUGAUCGAGGACUCGGAUGAUGCGGAGCUUAUACCUAGCCAAGGUGCUAGAGGCACAGCUGGAAAUGAGUUACCAGAUGAUGCAAUUGAUAGUAGUGCGCCUGAGGAAUCAGAACCCCCAGGCGUUCUCGAUGCCGAGUUUGACGCGCUCUUCGCGACUACUCGCGAGAAUAAACGGCGCCGUGUAGGGGUCCCCACGCCCCUACCGUCGAUGACGCGGACGGGACUUGAUCCAUUUUCUUCCCCAUCCACAAGAGGAAACGAGGCGACUGAAACUAUUAGCAUUGGAACUGAGCCGAACUUCGCCGCGCGGGAGAAUGAUGUGCAGAGAACGCCGGCCCCAAGUGCUCGCCUAGUCGCACCAGGCAUAUCAACGCCGGCGAACACACAGACACCAUUUCGUGGUCGUCCCCGGUUUAUGCUUUCGUCAACUGUGAAGCCGCCUAGCAGUCAGUCUGCACCAAGAUUUCAUGCAGGCACGCAAGAGAUAUCGCCGCCUGAAAGACGGAAACCAACUUUUGUUUUACCUCGCUCACCAUCGCCAAACCAAGAAGGGGAGGAUAUACCUGCACCAUUCUCUCCCUCAUCUCGCACGCUACGUCGUCGUGGUCGACAGCGGGGCGGCGCACCCAGUUAUACGCCUGGUGGAAUGGCUGCUGAAGUACGGGGUUGGAUUUUAGAAAUGGGCACAAAACGUGAUUCAUUACCGAAACCUCAAAUGGCUAAAACCCCCUCUGCUCCAGAAGCGCGUGCCUCUGAGGUGUUGGAGAAGUAUCUCGUUGCUGUACGCGUCAAUCAUGCUAGGCAUUCUACACUUAGUAGCUGUGGCCCACUUGCUUUUCUGCAAGGGACAGUGCUUGGUGGGCAUUCUGUGCAAGGAGACGUUCAGGACGAUUCCACUAAAAUCAUGAUUAUGGGACCUCCACGAUCCAAACCGCCUCAUUCUGAUAUUUCUAGAGCACUUCACCUACAAGGAGCGGACCUUGUUGGUAUCCACAGCGGGCUAACUUGGGAUCUGGAGCUUGGGGCCUACUUGGGGGAAGCAAAUCUCCCAGACAACGAUCCGCCCACCUCGCAAGGCGAACCACUUGGAAGUGAUGACCGGAAUAAUGGAAAGGAACGCUGGCUUGUGGCUAUGGAAUGGGAUCUUAUCCAGGUACCUGAGUGA